AUCCUCUCUUCAAUGGCCAGUCCAUAUUUAUAAUUCGUCACAUCGUCACUGACUUCGAUACAAAACAGGGUUCGUUACAAAAUGCAGAGGUUUCAUUUGAAGUUGUAAGAAUUCUAAUCACACAUGGAAAUCAGGUUCUGGCUAAUUUUUUGAUAAAUCUGCCGAACAUUUGUGAUCAAAAUAACGUUCUGCAUUAAAAAAGGAACUGGCGCUUUGAGGCGAAGUUUACCAAUAAUGGAAAACGAAAUAGGAGCACCUGCAAAAUGUUGUGAAAGUGGAAAUAUUAGUCAAAAAGUUAGAGUAUUGGCAAUUCAUGGAUACAGACAAAAUGCAGAAACUUUUAAGUCAAAAACGGGAUCGUUUCGUAAAAUGCUACAUAAAUGGACCCAAUUUACUUACAUUACUGCCCCACACAAAGUAAUUUUGGUGGAUGACCCCAAUGACUUAGGAAAAAGUGAAGGUCCAGAUAUUGGUCAAAGUAAAGAUGAAGAACAAUAUGGCUGGUUCUUCAAUAGAGACGAUAAGACUUUUAGAGGUAUUAGAAAAGGUGGACCGGCCAUAGGUUUUGAGGAAAGUUUAAAGGUUAUUGAAGAUGUCUUCGAAAGGGAAGGACCAUUUGAUGGCAUUCUGGGAUUUUCUCAAGGAGCAUGUUUUGUGGGACUUCUUUGUGAUCUCCAACAGAGAGGAUUGACAAAAUUCAACUUCAGUUUUGCAGUCCUGGCUUCAGGUUUUAAAUCUGGAAGCCUUCCUCACCUGAAAUACUACAGUGAUAGAAUUAAUCUUCCCACUCUUCACAUUUUUGGGGAAAAUGAUCAAAUAAUUCCUACAGAAAUGAGUGAGGCAUUGAGUAAUUGCUUUGAAGAGCCUAUCAUUGUCAAACAUCCUGGAGGUCAUUAUCUUCCUGCAUCGGCAGCCCAAAAACAUGAGUACCAGAAGUUUUUCAAAAUACAAUUGUGGCAUAAAGAAUACAGGGAGCAACAGGCAGAGAAAGCCAAUAAUUGAGUAAAACGUUUCUAAAUAAUUUCAUUCCUAACUAAAAUAUGAAUUUCUCACAUGUAAUAUUUGUACAUAAUUUUAUUUAUUCAUUAAAUGAAUAUUUAUGUU